AUGUGGUGGUGGGUCCUGGGUGUGCUGAGCUGCCUCCUGCUGGCUGGAGUGGUCCUCUUCUUCAUCACCACCGGGCGACGUUACAAAGUCUUCAGUGAGAAAUGUCUGAGGCCUCCAGGAGCUCUGGUCAUCGACAGCAAGCAGAGGGACGAGCGGCUCAAGAGGGGUUUCCGAGUCGAACGGGUGCCGCCCUCCCUGGAUGCCAUUGUGAUUGGCAGUGGAGUGGGGGGGCUGACGGCGGCUGCUCUACUGGCCAAAGCUGGGAAGAGAGUGGUGGUUUUGGAGCAGCAUGACCAGGCUGGGGGCUGCACCCACACCUUUGAGAACAAGGGCUUUGAGUUUGAUGUUGGAAUCCACUACCUGGGCCAGCUCCACCAGAACAGUUUGCUGAAAGUGGCUCUGGACCAGAUCACAGACGGACAGCUGCAGUUCCAACGACUGGAGCAGCACUUUGACACUCUGAUCCUGGGUCAGGCUGAGGAGCGCAGGGAAUACCACAUUCAUGCUGGAAAAACUGAGAUGGCAGAAAGUUUGAAGAAACAGUUCCCUGGAGAGGAAAAGGCAAUUGAUGAGUUCAUGAGACUCAUGAAGUUGGCCUCAAAAAGAACUCCUUUAAUUGCCAUACUCAAAAUAAUUCCAUACUGGUUGGUAAAGUUCCUUGUUCAGACUGGCCUACUGGACCGUAUUUCAUCUGUGUUCAGUCUUGCAACAACCAACCACUCGGAACUCAUGUCAAAGCUCACACAAAACAAAGACUUACAAACUCUCUCUGCAUAUCUCUUUUAUGGUGUCCCUCCAAAAGACUCCAGUUUUCUCAUUAAUGCUCUCCUGCUUCAUCACUACAAGCGUGGUGCGUACUAUCCACGAGGCGGGUCCAGUGAGUUUGCCUUCAACAUCAUCCCUGUCAUUCAGCGGUCAGGGGGAGCAGUGCUUGUCAGAGCCCCUGUGCACCGCGUCCUGAUCAACAACCAAGAAAAAACCUAUGGUGUAACAGUACUCAAAGGCAAAGAAGAGAUAGAGAUCCAUGCGCCUGUUGUAAUUUCCAAUGCUGGAAUCUUUAACACGUUCCAGAAGUUUUUACCGAAGCACAUUCAAGAGAAACCAGAAAUAGAGUCAUUGCUUGGAAUGGUGCGGCAUGGAAUGGGUUCCUUCUUGACCUUCGUUGGUUUGGAUGGAACAAAAGAAGAGCUGGGAAUUGUAUCCACCAACUUUUGGAUGUAUAAAGACAACAACUUGGAUGAAUUGAUGGAGCGGUAUUCUUCUCUAAGCCGUGACGAGGUCCUAGGCAACAUCCCUAUGAUGUUUAUCACAUUCCCAUCUGCCAAAGACCCCACAUCCAACAUUCGACAUCCAGGCAAAUCCUGCAUGACACUGUUAACCAUGGCUCGAUAUGAGUGGUUUGAAGAAUGGAAAGACACGAGGCUGGGUAAAAGAGGGCAAGACUAUCAGGAUCUAAAAAACAGCAUGGCACAGGAACUGCUAAACUGGGCAUUAACUAUAUUUCCUCAGCUGAAAGACAAGGUGGUGAUGGUUGACGCCGCCACCCCUCUCACUAAUGUGCAUUAUCUGGGCGCCCCGAGAGGAGAGAUGUACGGAGCUGAGCACAACCUGGAGCGUUUCAGCCCAAACACUGUGGCCAGAACUAGACCCCAGACCCCAGUGGAGGGCCUCUACCUGACAGGUCAGGAUGUCUUCUGUAACGGCAUGGCUGGUGCUCUUCACGGGGGACUCCUCUGUGCUUCAGCCGUUCUUAACCAGAUCCUCUACAUCGAUCUUUUGGCCCUGAAAACCCGCCUCAAACAGGAGCAAGCCAAUAAGAAACCAAUAAAAUAG